AAUGGGAACGGAAGCAGCAGCCGGCUGUGCCUCACUAAUCCCUCCCCGCCGCACCAACAGCGGGUCCCACACUAACCCUUCCCCCCUGCACUGGACGCGGAGCUGAGUGCGGCGCCUCUGGCCGACAGGUGACAAACUAGGAUCUGAUUGUGCCAGUUAUUAUGGAGCCAGCGAGUGACAUGGGAGGUGCAACCAUUGCAGAGUCAACUGAAGAGAGUUAUUUUAUGAGCUAUACCUUCACAGACAGAUUACACUCCGUCCGAGUUGCUCAGAGCAUAAUGGAUCUGUGUCUUGAAGACAGGUUGUUUGCAGAUGUUACCAUCUCUGUGGAUGGUAAAGAAUUCCAGCUUCAUCGGCUAGUUCUUUCUGCUCAGAGCUGCUUCUUCCGCUCCAUGUUCACCUCUAAUUUGAAGGAAGCUCACAAUGAUGUUAUAGAAUUAAAAGAUGUGAAUGCGAGCGUUUUCCAGCUCCUUGUGGACUAUAUCUACCGGGGAACUGUAAAACUGAGAGUGGAGGACCUUCAGGAAACAUAUGAAGUGGCGGAUAUGUACCAAUUGACCUCGCUUUUUGAAGAAUGCUCUCGGUUUCUGGCUCGGACAGUUGAUAUCAGGAACUGUUUACAAGUCAUGUGUUUAGCAGAUCAGCACAGUGACCAGAAACUGUAUACUGCGGCAAAACAGUGUGCAAAAACACACCUGGCCCAGCUUCACAAGACGGAAGAUUUUGUGAAACUGCCCAUUAGAUUGUUCACGGACAUCAUUAAAGAUGGCGUUCCCAGCUCCCAGAAACCAGCCAAAGCGAUAGAAACCUGGAUUGACCAUGACAAGGAAGAGCGAGUACAAUACUCUGAGAACCUGUUAUCCAGUUUAAAGGAAAUCGGUGAAAUAGUUCAUAUUUAUCUGAUUGGAAAGGAAGACACACGGACACACUCACUGGCUGUUUCUUUGCACUGUGAUGAUGAUGCUAUCAGUGUCAGUGGACAAAAUAGAUUACGACAGCAGAUUACCGCUGCAUGCAAGCAUGGAAGUGACCUGUAUGUUGUGGGUGGCCCCAUCCCACGUCGGAUGUGGAAAUGCAACAUGGAGACAAUGGACUGGGAACAAUGCGCAUCACUACCAAGAGAUCGCCUGCAGCACACGCUUGUAUCUGUCCCAAGUGAAGAUGCCAUUUACUCAUUGGGUGGAAAAACCCUUCAGGAUACACUCUCCAGUGCUGUUAUUUAUUAUGUGGUCUGUGAUAAUGUGUGGGUCGAAACAAAUCAGCUGGACACUGCAGUGUCAUGCGCGGCUGGUGUUAACCUUAAUGGAACUAUCUAUCUACUGGGUGGGGAAGAGAAUGACCUGGACUUCUUUACCAAACCAUCGCGUCUCAUCCAGUGUUUUGACACAGGUACCAGAAUGUGCCAGUUAAAGUCGUACCUCCUCCCUUUUGCAGGCCGUAUGCAUGCUGCUAUUCACAAAGACCUGAUUUUUAUUGUAGCUGAGGGAGAUUCUUUGGUAUGUUACAAUCCACUGCUUGACAGCUUUACCAGACUGCGCUUCCCAGAGGUUUGGAGUCGUGUGCCCUCCCUGUGGAAGAUUGCUAGCUGCAAUGGUUAUAUUUAUGUUUUCAGGGAUAAGUGCAAAAAGGGUGAUGCCAAUACAUUAAAAUUGAACCCAGCCACUUCUGUGGUCUCUGUGAUAAGUGGAAUUGAGAUAUUGCUGACAAAUUGGCAAUUUGUUUUGGCAUGAAUCUAACCAAAUACUAACUAAACAUGCAGUAAUAUAGAUUUCAGGACAGUUUUGCAUUAUGAAAAUUUAUAAAGAUUGAAUGUCGCAAUUUAAUCAGUAUUUCAGUCAACCUAUCAUCUUUUUUCAAAAGCUUUUGAAAAAAGAUGAUAGUGAUCGAUUACUGUAUAUAUCGGGCCAAUAUAGAAUUUAAUUCCAAUUUUUAGGUACUUGUUGGCCACAAAAUUAUUUUUUUAAACUUCUGCAAUUAACAAAACUUCAGUACUUGUUUUGUUUUCUAAUAUGUUAAUUGACUGAACAAUCCCAUAAAUAUUUUGACAUGUUCUAUCUUUAAAACUGGGGCAGUACUAAAAGAACCAACAAAAUGCAAAUCUAAAUUAGAUUGACACGUUAUACACAAAUAUUUCCAACAAAGUACAUGACAUUGUUAAACAUAAUGAAAUGUCAGUUACUUACAAAAAAAUGAACCACAAAUAAAUAAUGUGUUUCUAUAGCAGUAUGUGCUCUAACAAAUGCAGUCUUGUUGUUUUAAACUUGUAUUGGGGAUGUUUCUUUAUGUCAUUGUAGAUGGGUAAUUAUUUAAAUCUAAAACAUUUAUUAAUAUACAUAGUUUAUUUACAAUAUGAUUUCACUUAAGUACAUUGUUUGUAAUGAUCUUGUGGAACUGUACUCUUCACCUUUAAAUAAUUGGUAGUUUGCAUCCAUAGUACCAACACCUACAAGUUUCUAAUUUGCUAAGUUUUCUAAUGUUCUCAUUUCUCAUAGCAUGUUCCUAUCACUUUAGCUUGGAGUAGUGCAUAAUACAGAGCAAAAGGGGGCAAAAAUGGUAAACAGAAUUAUGGAAAGAGUUGAUUUGCUGUUAAAAGUCAGCUUUGCUAAUUUCCAGCUUCUGAAGAUUUAAAUUCACUCAAUCUCACAAAGGAGGCAGAAUAUGUGUUCAUGAGGCAAGUCAGUGACCUUUUAUUAUCAAUAGAAUGCGUCCAGAUUGUUACAUGUUACCCAUACAAAAUAAGAUCAGACACCAUGCCAAUACUAGGUUUUAAGAAUGCAAACUAGAUUUGACUAAACGUACUAUUUUACUACAUAAACUUUUACUUUGACUGCCCUUGGUGAGUUUAAAAAUCUACUUCAUGGCCCAUCUAUCAGUAAAAUAAGCAAGUCCAUGAGGGUAUUGUUGCAAUCGUUUAGUAUUUGCCUUAUUCUCUACUCAAGAGCUAUUUGGAUGAUGUAUUUUUUAACCAAAAUAACAAGUUAACAUUUUAAAGAAAAAUUUAAAAAAAGUUUAUUUAUUUAUUUUCAUACUUUCUUAUUAUAGUACAACAGUGCAUAAUUGGCUCUUAACCUUGCAGAAAGGCAAAUUUUAAAUCCUCCUUUGAUCGCACUUCUCGAAUGACAGCUCCGGAGAAAACACAUGAACCUCCUUCUUAGAAGAUGAUUUGCUAGCACUUUAAUCAACGCCAUUGCAAAGUUGAAUUACCAGCAUGGGAGAAAAUGAAAGUUACUGAAUUGUUUUAAAACCCAUUUUAUUCCCUAAUAGCUUUUAGGUUUAUUAUUGGCCAGCUGUACUCAUUCUUAACACUCUGAUGCCUUAGAAACAUAGAAAAUAGGUGCAGGUGUAGGCCAUUCGGCCCUUUGAGCCAGCUCAAUAUGAUCAUGGCUGAGUAUCCAAAAUCAGUACCCUGUUCUGGCUUUUUCCCCAUAACUCUCGCUUAAAAACACUCUUUAACAACUAAUAGAUCUUAGGCAGCUGGACAUGAACAAUAAGUAGAUUCUUGCCCACGUCAUCCAACUCCAGGAACAAAUAGAGUUAAAGAAAGGUGAUCAACAAUGUCACCAAUCAGAAUCCGAAGAGUUUCUGGUGAUGGAACAAAAUGGCAAUAGAUCAAUCUACUCGUUUGCUUAAUUAUACCAGUGACACUUGAGAUGUAGCUUACAGGGUUUCUUAAUCGGCUUUAUAGCCUCAGAAAGGUCCCUCAUAUAAAUUCACAACCCAUAUUCAGGCUCAUUCCCUCGAACUUGCCAGCCAAAUGAAAAUGCAUUUUCCUGAUCCCAUUCUAAUCUAUUCAAUCAGAUCUAAAAAAUGUAAUGCAAUUACUUCUCUUUGCCUACCAAAAAUGUUACCUCGAUUUCCAACCAGGAUCUAUUCCAGGCAUCCCAUUUCUCACCUCCAUGGUGUCCCUAAGAAACAUUAGAAAAAACAUCACUUUCCACAUGUGUGAUGCUCCACAGAAACUUCCCAUAACUACACAUUGGGAAUAGUCAUUGUGUCACUUUGUAGCUACUGACUCCAUCUUCCCUAUGAAACUGUCUACAGCUAUAGUAUCAUAUUUAAAUCUUGGAUGAACCUCAGACCACAGAUUUGGACCAUCCCUAGGGCAGCAUAUUUCAGCUUCCACUACAUGAUUUCAUUCCACUCUGGCCUCUGCUUAGCUGUAAUAUUUGUUACCAUUUCAACUCAGUUCUAGUCAGCCUUCCCUCCUUACACUCUGAAAACACAACAUGAUCGCGAUGUCUCAAUCACCCACCAUCCAUUACUUUCGGACUUUGGCUCCUGGUUAGCCACUGCCUUGAUCUUAAAAUACUACUUAAUUUCAAAUCCUUCCUUUACCUCAUCCUCCCUAUUUUUAUAAUCUUAUUUUUUACAAUCCUGAGAGAUAUUAUUGGUAUAAGGUAUCAGCUUGAAAUCUGGACUUUAUGUCAUCUACAAAUUUAAUCACUCCACCAUUAUUGGUCACUUUAGGCAACCAAAACCUGAGCUCUGAAAUUCCUUCCCUAAACAACACUUUCAUUCUUUCCUCUCUUAAUAUGCUUUAAAAACUCUUUAACCAAGGUUUUCGUUCAUCUGUCCUCGUAGCUCUUGCAAUUCUUGAAACAUUUUAUUUGAUAGCAUUCCAAAAGGCACAUUUGAAUAUUUAAAUGUUAAAGGUGUUAUAUGGCACAUUGUUGUAUAUAAAUUCAAGUUCCUUGCAACAUUGUAUUCAUCUUGCUGUUGUUAUUUGCUGUGUUAAUGGUUUUAUAUACCCUAACUCCAGAUUAAAUGUACAAUUUAAUCAUGA